GGGUGAGGCCUCUUGCAGGCCUGGUCUCGCCGCCGUCCCGCCCGGGGUCCUGGGGGAUGUCGCGUGUCCUCCUCAGGAGACAGUGCCACUUCCGAGAGGUCCUACGACAAAGGGGGCCAGUAGGGGCCUCCGGGUGGGAGGGAGCCUGCGCUUCUCCACAGCCCACCUCGCUCACACCGUACCCCAGGGUCACCCCCUCCCGGGUCCCUGUCCUGGUGACCCCACCUGGGCCCCCAACCUCCCCACCUGCUUCUGGCUUGGACAGAGGCCUGAGCCCUCCCGCGUGCCUUCCCGCCACGUUCUCAUUCCAAGGACAUCUGCCUGGCGCCCUGUGGGUUUUCUCCUCCAUGCCUGGCCCCCAGGGCCAUGCCUUCCGCGUCCCUUACCAGCCUGGGCAAGGCUGGCACCUGUGGACAAAGCUCCCUGAGGCCUCCCCAGAAGCAGAUGCCACCAUGCUUCCGCAAUGCGAGAAUGGCCUAACACAGGUGGUAAGACAAGUCCAUGUGGGGGUGUCGGGAGGUUGGGAAGAGCAGCACCACCGGAUGGCUCGACGGGCUGGUGCGUCCUGGGAGGUCCCGAGCCGUCUGACUAUGGAGCCAGUGAUGGAAACCACGGGGGAAAGGAAAGGUCAGAGUGAGCCUGCAGAAGGGACAGCCUCUUCAUGACAGGUUCGUGAGGUGAUUCGGACGCACAGGGGUGGGACACGGGAUUCUCUUCAGUGAAAACUACUUUGUGAGGCCUUAACGCCGUUUCUCUGGUACAGAUGGGGGUCUGAGGAACCAAGUGCUCCGCCUGAACGAGGAUGACCUGGAGAGGUCUGUUGCCUGAAUGAGAGUCACUGAGUUUACACUGCAGGAGAGCAGCUCCCAAGACCAAGGCCCUGCGAUUCCCAGAGGCUGUCGGACCGCCGCAUCCCUUGGCGUGAACGGGCAUCCCAUCUGCCAGAGGUGUCCAGUUGAGUGGGACAACAGUGGUGUGUACCAGGGGAGUACACAGAAGGUCAGGGCUCAAAUUCCAGUCCUGGGGCACACCAGCUCCGUGACCGUGAACGCGGCACCAGCUCCGUGACCGUGAACGCGGCACCAGCUCCGUGACCGUGAACGCGGCACCAGCUCCGUGACCGUGAACGCGGCUCCAGCUCCGUGAUCGUGAACGUUGUCCACUGGUGACAAAGGUGAAACUGUUGGCCAAUCCAGUGGUUUUGUGUCAGUCAGUGCUCUGGGUUACAUCAGAGCUGACCAGUCCUUAACGAG